GUCUUCCUGUUUGAUGUUGCCUAGUUGUUUGAGACAUGUUGGCCAUGACACAAUCCUGGGAGUGGAGAAACUGGCAGAUAGUUGCUCUGAGACUUCCAGCAGCACUGUGACACUGGGACGUCUAAGGUCCUUUGUCGAGCUGUCUAUGUCUGAAACACACUGGGAGCUUUCUCUGUCCCAGUUGUGUCACUGCUCCCAGUGACUCAGUGUAAGCUGGCCAAAUGUGCUGACCUGGCAUCUAUUCAUCCCAAGUAAAGCCCCGGCCACAGAAGAUGCCAGUAAACUCUGAAGCCUGGAUAAAAAUAAGCGAUUUCUCUUUUAGGAGCAGAGCAGAAGCUGUGCUGCAGGAUGUCAGAGUUAGAUGACCGUGUGAGUGCUUGGAGCAGCAAUCGAGUGGCCCAGUGGCUGCAGGAGGAAGGUUUCGGGCAGUACGUGGGAUUGUUGUGUACACACCACCGCAUUGAUGGCCUCAGUCUGCUGGCUCUGACUGAGGCCGACCUGCGGGGUCCCCCGCUGAGCCUCACCGUGCUGGGAGACAUCAAAAGACUGACCGUAGCCCUGUGGCGCCUCCAAAUGGAGAAUAAACCUGAGCUAGAAGAGCUGGGGCUGUGGCCAUUAGACAGUCUGUCUGCGGGACUCGAACUGGGUGCUCCACGGGCUGAGUGGAGCUGUGAUGGAGCUGAAAUGAGGGGAUGUAAUGGAGCGGAUCAUUUAUGUAAUAGACCGGUGCUGCGUCUGAGGAACAGUAGCAGUCUUGGAUGUGUGCCUAGGGCAGUGUUGUGUCAAACACACUCCAAUGGGAGGUUUCUACAGCCAAUGGCAGGCAGAUUGGAUCCAGAGGCCUGGAAGACUGUUAUCAGUUCCAUAUAUGUAUUCUUAGUGUGUGGACUGACCUCUUUUGUCAUGGUUGUUGUACAUGAGCGUGUCCCUGACAUGAGGACUUAUCCGCCUCUUCCUGAUAUAUUCCUGGACAGUGUACCCAGAAUCCCUUGGGCUUUUGUGAUGGCUGAGGCCUGCGGCCUUAUCUUGUGUUACAUGUUUUUGUUGAUCCUGCUCCUUCACAAGCACAGGUCAAUUCUCCUCAGACGGCUGUGUUCUUUGAUGGGAACAGUGUUUUUGCUUCGUUGCUGCACCAUGUUUGUCACCUCGCUCUCGGUGCCUGGGCAGCACCUGAAGUGUGCUAGCCUGUCAUAUGGUGAUACCUGGGCAAAGAUCCAGAGAGCGAUGGCUAUAUGGAGUGGGUUUGGGAUGACUCUUACAGGUGUCCAAACCUGUGGAGACUACAUGUUCAGUGGACACACUGUGGUCAUCACGUUGCUCAACUUCUUUGUGACUGAAUACACACCAAGAAACUGGAAUCUGAUCCAUACAAUCUCCUGGGUGUUGAACCUGUUUGGGAUUUUCUUCAUCCUGGCGGCUCACGAGCACUACUCCAUCGACGUCUUUAUCGCCUUCUACAUCACCACCCGCCUCUUCCUCUACUACCACACAUUAGCCAACACCCGCGCCUAUCAGCACAGUCGCAGGGCGCGUAUUUGGUUCCCCAUGUUCUCCUUCUUUGAGUGCAACGUGAACGGUCCCGUCCCCAAUCAGUAUCACUGGCCCUUCGAUAAACCUGCCUUUAUGAAAACUCUAAUUGGAUGAAGGGUUUUCAACGGUCAUUGUGCUUUUGUAGCAGUGCCUUGAAGGAACUUUUUUAAAUGUAUUACAUUAAUAUUUUUCCUUCAUUUGCUAAAUUAAAUUAUUUAUUUUUCUCAGGUUCAAAUGAACAGUUAUACAGUUUGGGUUGCAUACUUUAUAUAAAAAGAUGAGAAGAUUUACACCACUCCUGUCAGUCUGCUAAAUAUGAAGCUACAGCUAGCAGCUCGAUAGCUGAGCAUAUAGAAAACUUAAAAAAAAAAAAACUUACAUGGAGCUGUCUAAAAAGUAGAAACCAUGUACAGUUUUAGUGCUAAACAGAUUUAAUCAUUCUGAAUAGAAAAUGUUGAAUAACUUGCAUUUCUUAGGUUUUUGUGGGAUGAAUUCAGAUUGCUGCUAGCUAGCUCCAACAGUUCCCUCAUUAUUAGCACGUUCCUCUGAUAACAGAGUUGGCUAAAUAUGGUUUUAACAACAUGUUAAACUUUUCUUUAAUAUUUAAAUCACACAUUUCCAAAUAAAUAAAAACUACUGACUUCUAUAUUAUAAAA